AUGAAGUCUCUCCAAGAAGAGGGAAAUCUGAGGCUACAUAAACUUUGCUCAAACUCCGGUGAAGUACUUGCUGCAUUCGACAAAGAUGAUCUGGCGAAAGAUUUAACAGAGCUGGAUUUUGAUUAUGAUGAUCUCCCAAUCCAGCGGAGUCUAGGAGUUUCCUGGAAUCUAGAGAGAGACACUUUUACAUUCCGUGUGACUGUAAAAGAAAAACCAUUUACGCGACGUGGUGUGCUGUCUACCAUAAACGGACUGUAUGACCCCUUAGGAUUUGCUAUGCCUGUCACCAUUGCAGGAAAGUUACUCCUUCGAGAGGCUAUGAACCAGCCAUUAGAUUGGGACCAACCACUACCUGAGGAAUUUCGCAGCAAAUUCCAACUCUGGAAGAAUGACCUAGGCUCAUUAGAAGGAGUGAACAUUCCUAGAACUUACUCGAUGGAUGCAUCAUCUGACAGGGACUUGUUUAUCUUCACAGACGCUUCUGAAUUGGCUAUCGCUGCAGUGGCUUACAUUGUCACUGUCAACAACAGCAGUAAACGUCAUUUUGGAUUUGUACUUGGAAAGACCAAGGUAGCUCCUAAACAUGGCCAUACCAUCCCUCGUCUCGAGCUGUGUGCUGCUGUUCUAGGAACGGAAAUUUAUGACGUCAUCAUGGAUGAACUGGAAGUAGAAUUUCGUCAAGUGAAAUUCUUUACUGAUAGCAAGGUCGUCUUAGGUUAUAUUGGAAACGAGACCAAGCGGUUUUACACGUACGUCAGGAACCGUGUUGACAGGAUACGGAAGUCAUCAAGUCCUGAACAGUGGGGAUACGUACCGACCGCACAGAAUCCAGCAGAUGAGCCCACAAGAUCCAUUUCAACUGGAAGUCUGCAAGAGAGCAAGUGGCUAAAUGGUCCUAGUGGUUCAUUCUCCAGACAAGCAGAGGAAAGUUACCAGGAGUUUCCAUUAGUUGACCCUGACGAGGACAAGGAGAUUAGAACUCUGAAAACCGAUUUAGUGGAUCAUGUUGCAGAGAAAACCCGUCCACUGUCUGAUCACUUUGAGAAGUUUUCGACGUGGAAAAAAGAUGCCAAACUAACAGUCAUCAGAGUAGUCCAGAGAGAUUACUUCUCAAAGGAAAUUGCAGCCAUAAGAGAUAAAUUACCACUUCCGAGAUCUAGCACCAUCUUGGAACUCUCUCCUUACCUGGAUGACGACGGACUUCUUCGUGUUGGUGGACGCAUACGGGAGUCAAAACUGUCCAUGCUGCAGACAAACCCUGUCAUCAUUCCAGAACAUCACAUUUCCGUCUUGAUCGUCCGUCAUUUUCAUGAAAAAAUCAGUCACCAAGGGCGUCAAUUGACUGAAGCGGCUGUCAGAAGUGCAGGAUUUUGGUUGAUUGGUGGACGAAGGUUUGUGAAUUCCUGUAUUCAUCACUGUGUGAAAUGUCGAAAACUGCGAGGACGUCGUGAGGAGCAGAAGAUGGCUGACCUUCCAUUUGAUCGUUUGGACCCAGCACCCCCAUUCACUUACAUUGGGAUAGAUGUCUUUGGUCCGUGGACAAUAGCCACCCGUAAGACUCGCGGAGGAGAAGUCAACUCAAAGCGAUGGGCCCUACUGUUCACUUGCCUCGUUGUGCGCGCUGUGCACAUUGAACUGUUGGAGGAGAUGUCGUCUCCCAGUUUCAUCAAUGCUCUUAGACGAUUUUGUGCAGUGAGAGGGGAAGUGAAAAUUAUUCACUCUGAUCAAGGGACAAACUUUGUUGGCUCUACUAAGGACUUGAACGCGAAUGUCAUCAGAGUAGACGACAGACCCAUACAGAGGUACCUUAUUGAUCACAGCAUCAACUGGGUUUUUAAUCCACCUCAUGCCUCACAUAUGGGAGGGGCAUGGGAGAGAAUGAUAGGAGUGGCAAGACGCAUACUGGAUUCUCUCUUGCUGGGUGUGAAGAACCUGACGCACGACGUACUUGCGACACUUAUGGCAGAAGUUUCAUCUAUCGUGAAUGAUAGACCCCUCACACCUAUGUCUUACGACCCUGAAUGUCCAUGUCCACUUACCCCAGCAAUGCUUCUUACUAUGAAGACUGAUCAGACAGUGAGAUCAUUUCAGCUGGACGACUUCAAUAAGAAGGACAUCUACAAGAAACAGUGGAGGUGUGUGCAGUACUUAGCAGAUCAGUUUUGGGCUCGUUGGCGAGUUGAAUACCUUCCAUCUCUUCAAGUGCGUUCCAAGUGGAAACAAGAGUCUAAGAAUCUCCAAGAGGGUUGA